AUGACUACCCAGCACAACCACUCGCAGUCGGACUGGAGGGCUGUGGGCGGCGGAACAGGGCCUCUCGUUCACUCGAGCGAUGAGGAACAAGCGACUUCUUCUGCUCGCCGGGAUGGCUCGCAAGAGCCGAUAGCUCCUCCUCGACUCUCCCUCACCUCCCUUCCGACCGAGAUCCUCGACAAGGUCUUCUCCUGCAUCGACUACGACAUUUACUUCAAUCCCAGCAGACGAGUCGACCAGGUCCUGGUCAACAAGCGCAUCUUUUCGGUCGCCUACCCGGUAUGGAUGCGCCGGAUCACGGUCUCCUCGUUUAUUCAGCACGACGGACGCGACGCCGCCCUCGCUGGAUUGUUGAUACAUAAGUCCUCGGCGUUCAUCAAAGUGCUCGCUGUCGGCUUUCAGCUGGUGCUGCCGCACUUGGAGUGCGCCAUUCUGCAUCACACGCCGAACCUCACCCACCUCACGGUCGACUUCGCCAAUCCAGCAGACGCAAUGCCUCUUCCACAGUGUUUCUUCGACGCUUUUCGCACCUUACGACAUCUGGUGUCCCUUCGAAUCUGCUAUGUGGAGCGAGAUGCGGCAGUCGACGGGUUUUCCUACGAGCGCGACGUCCCUUCGUUGCGCGAACUUGAGAUCAGCGCUUACGGGCGUCUUGCGGAUUGUGCGCCAGGUCUUUCGAAACUUGAGCGUCUGGAGCUCCACUGCUUCGCGUUCGGAGGAUCAGCCAUUCCGUGGACAACUCUUCAUCAUCUCGACGUCCGAAACUCUACCUUGAACAAGAGUCGGGAUUACACGCCUACAGCGGUCUUUUCCGAGAUUAUCUCGUCCAUCGAAGCUGCUCACAAGCUGUCGCCGAUCGUUUUGCGCAAGCUCGGCCUCUCCUUCGCCUCCCAAGAUCCUCACCAUUUGCGUGGAUAUGCCAGACUGCUUGGGGCGCUUGUCGUCUCGGAGAUGACCGACCUCGCUAUCCUUCACCUCGACUCGUUGGCUGCUUUCCAAUUCUGGACUUGCAGCGCACGAUUGCCCACCGAAGAGCUAUGCGGUUUGCGAGUUAUCCUCGCGCUCUGUCCAGCUCUCGAAGUCCUCCAUCUCGACUGCAUUGACUUCUACCACAAGGACACCGUGUGCGACGGUGACGACGACUGGGACGACGCCUCUUUGACAGCCUUCCGUGCGAAGGACGUCAAAGACGACAUCUUGACGGCCAUCCAGCAGGACAACCUUCCCCUCACCUUUCCCGCCGUCUUCAAGCUCCUCAUCGCCAUGGAAUCGACGACUGUUCUCGACCUUCGUCUUCAGAUUCCGUUCGGGCAAGGCAUCCGCUGUCGCAGGACGGCGAGGAACGAGGUCUUUGAGGCGGAAGGGUGGACGAGCAGCUGA